AAAACAAAAAGCCUUCUUUUAUUCAGAUGCCCUCCACUUGUACUGAAUGGGGAAGGCUUCUACCUCAAUACGAGCCCGCUAUAUAAACUCCGUGAUUCUGUGUGGGUUCAAACACAUUUCAAAGCUUCGGGAUCUUGAAAGGUUUCGCUCAGCUUCCUGAAGCCCGAGCUCCGCUCCCGCAGCGCCAUGGCCGGCUUCGGGUUCCAGAGGCGCGGGGCUCCCGGCGACCUGCCUGGCAGGACCUGGCCCUGCACCGCGCUCUUUUCUCUGCUUUUCAUCCCUGUCUUCUCCAAAGGGAUGCACGUGACCCAGCCUGCAGUGGUGCUGGCCAGCAGCCGGGGUGUAGCCAGCUUUGUGUGUGAGUAUGGAUCUUCUGGCAAAGCUGACGAGGUCCGGGUGACAGUGCUGCGGAAGGUGGGCAGCGAGAUGACUGAAGUCUGCGCCACAACGUACAUGGUGGAGAAGGAGUUGACCUUCCUAGAUGAUUCCACCUGCCUUGGCUCUUCCAGUGGAAACAAAGUGAACCUCACCAUCCAAGGGCUGACGGCCAUGGACACGGGCCUCUACAUCUGCAAGGUGGAGCUCAUGUACCCACCUCCCUACUAUGUGGGCAUGGGCAAUGGAACCCAGAUUUAUGUCAUUGAUCCAGAACCAUGCCCGGAUUCCGACUUCCUCCUCUGGAUCCUUGCAGCAGUUAGUUCGGGGUUAUUUUUUUACAGUUUCCUCAUCACAGCUGUUUCUUUGAGCAAAAUGCUAAAGAAAAGAAGUCCUCUUACUACAGGGGUCUAUGUGAAAAUGCCCCCCACCGAGCCAGAAUGUGAAAAGCAAUUUCAGCCGUAUUUUAUUCCCAUCAAUUGAGAGACCAUUAUGAAGAAGGAAGACCAUUUUCUGAUUUCUAGGAGCUGAGGCAAUUCCACCUUUUUGCUAUCCAGUUAUUAUCAUUGAUUUGUGUACUUUGGGGGGGAUUCAUCCCUCUUUAAUGUAAAGCUGGAUGCAGAACCCAAAUUAGGUAUACUACAAUUUAAAGCAAAGGAGCAGAAAAACAGAGCCAGGAUGUUUCUGUCACAUCAGAUCCAAUUUUAGUAAAAGCAUCACUUGGGAGCAAUAUGCGGAUGCAGCAUUAUGAUGUAGAAUCAAGGAAGUAAGUUAAGGGAUGGUACAGUCCUGGGAAAGCAAAGGAUUUACAUGUGAGACGUUUCUAGCUGAAAUGAUGUUUUCAAGUUAAGUUUUUAUGCUGUGGUAUUUUUCUUAGCAAGUAUAUAAUUAAAUGAAUAGUUUAAGAAUGCUCACAUGGCUAUAUUUGAGCCGGUGAUUCUAAAGGUUGUAUUGUACCAAUAUGUAUUUUUUAUAUGAUAGUAAUGUGCAUGGGGGCCACACGUGCUUUUGUGUACUUGCUGAUAGUUUGAAUAUAAACACUAUAUGGCAGUGUCUUCCCACCGUGAGUUCAGGGGAAGCUUGGUGAAGGGGCUCAGGACACUAAUACACCAGAUAGAAAAUAAGAUCACCUUCUAACUAGCCUGGAAACUGGAUACGGUCAUAGCAGAUUCUUGCGGACAUGUUGGGCUGAAUUGGUGUUGACAUGUGCUUUGGGCUUUUAUGCCAGCUCCUUUUAAUGGUUUUCAAGGAAACCAGAGUUAACUUGAUAGAACACCACUGUUGAGAAAAUGGCCCAUUCUGGGAGUCCUAUGGGUGUGAGCUUCAAGGGAGCUCCAGUUAUACACACGGUUAAUGCCAUGGACAGAACAAAGAAGCAGGUAGCAGAACGGGGUGCAUUAAGGGUUCUGAAAACUAACACUGUUGGUGUUUUUUAACUCAAUAUUUUCCAUGAAAAUGCAACAACAUGUAUAAUAUUUUUAAUUAAAUAAAAUU